AUGCUGGGGCAAGUGUGCUUGAAGCCUAUCUGUGCUGAGAGCAAAGUGUGCGAGCCUUCUGCUGAAGCCAGGAAAGUAAACGAAAACGUGCAAUUCACAUGGAAGUCAGCAAUCUUCACUUGCUUCGUGGGAGGGUUCUGCAUAUGGUACUAUGACUACCUGAAGGAGCGCAAGGAAUCUGAGACCCGAGCCAUCACCACUCAGGAGCGAAUUGGCGUGCCUAGACUCGGCGGCCCGUUCGAGCUGGUGGACAGGAAGGGUAACACAGUGACUGACAAGGAUUUUUUGGGCCAGUACCUUCUCAUCUACUUCGGGUUCACAUUUUGUCCUGACAUUUGUCCUCAGGAGAUGGAGAAACAGACGCAAGCAGUGGAGCUAAUCGAAGCAGAGUUCGGGCCCAUUGCAACUCCAGUUUUCAUCAGCGUCGACCCCCAGCGAGAUCUGCCUGCCGUUGUGGACGACUACUGCGAGGAGUUCCAUCCACGCAUAGUUGGCCUCACUGGCACAUCUGAGCAGAUCAAGAAGGUGAGUCGGGCGUACAGAGUCUACUACAACGAAGGCUUGAAGACAGAUGAUGCGGACUACCUGGUAGACCACUCCAUCAUUCAUUACUUCAUCGGCAAGAACGGCAAGUUCCUUGAUUUCUUUGGCAAGAACAUGACUGCGAAGGAAAUGGCUGAGAAGAUGAAGAUGUACAUUCGCCAGGAUCAAGAAAAUGCAAAGAAGCGAAAGCAGCGGCGUGGCGUGGAAAGCACAGAGGAGGAGUAG